UGGGUGAAUAAAUAAUAGAAACUUUGUACAAGGGUAAAAAGUAAACACAUCGCGAAGUGAUUAGGGUUCAGAUUAUUGAGUGAUUUUGUACUAUAUUUAAAUAGUUUGGACAGUAAUUAGACGUACUCUUGCUGAAAUAGUUUGUACACGAUGAAAAAGUUUACAUUUCAAGAUUCAAGUGUAUCACGAUUCUCUGGAAGUAUGUUCUUUAAAAUCUAUAAAAAUGCUGACUUCUUAUGUCACAAUAAAAAUGUAGAAACCAUAUUAUCUAAGGGCUAUCAGCUAAGACAAGCAUUGAAAGAUAUCUCUCCGGGUGAAAAAGUUACUAUGCAAGACAUGUGGCUAACUUCAGUAAAAGACAUACCUCUGUUAGUGAUAAAGAGUGGGCCCAAUGUAGUUUUAAAAGACUAUCAAUUUACAGCAAACCGCUUGACUGGUUUAACAGCUGCAUAUGCUUUUGACAAACGCUCACAAUUCCCCCAUUUACAGGCAACUGAAGCUCAGGCACUUGGUUUAAAAUGGGACAAUAAGGGCCCAGUUAUACCUAGACUAUACUUGGCAUCUGUAAGUGGUACUGAACACUUCUAUGAACAGUUUUCUUAUUGGCCUUUAGUAUGUGCAUUGAAAAAGUUGCAGCUUUAUAAAAUAACACUGGACCCUGUAGUCAAAAUGGCAAAGAUCAAAAAUAGAGAUGGCAUUCGUUUAUGCCAGGAUAUGGUGAAACAUUGGGAGGCAACUUGCAGUCUUUGGGCCCAAUUCACUGAGGCAAAGACAGACCUCAAAGAGACUUUCAAAACAUUGCCACAAGAGCUGAAACAAUUGUUAUCUUGAACACUAAUUUAUUUGGUAUUGGAUUUAAAUUGUGAACAUCUUUUGAUUACAUAAUUAUGUAGAUAUGUUAAAGCUUUUGAAUUUUUUAUUGAUUCUAUUGUAUAAUCAUAGCCUAUAACUUUUAUUGUAUA